AUGAUUAUAGGAAUAGGAGUUGACAUUAUGCAUUUACCGCGCAUUACAGCCCUUGUAGCUAGAAGGGGACAUGACAAACUAGCACGCCGUAUACUAAGUCAAAAAGAGUACUUGGAAUUCAAGUCAUUGCAAGCGCUGAAUCAGCAAAAACGAGAUGCUUACUUGAGUGCGAGGUGGUGCAUUAAGGAGGCUGUCUAUAAGGCAUUAUACCCUAAACAUCGUCUUGAAUGGAAACAAGUGACAUAUAUAAAUAGAGCCACUCACGGUCAAAAAGGCAAGCCUGAAUUAGAAAUCUUAAAUAGUCAAUUAUAUGGUAUACAAAAUGCGCAUGUCUCUCUAUCGCAUGAUGGCGAGUACGCAAUUGCUCAAGUAGUAUUGGAAGGUUAA